ACAAGUCACAACACCAACCCUGAAAGCGCCUGACCAUGUCAUCUAAACAUACACAGCAGAGCGUGGCGCCCGACGAGUGCAGCCUGUCGAGCCAGCAGACCGACCCCGACCAACCCCACAAGAAGAAACAGCUCGCCUUCUGGUGGCCGAGUCGUGUAUCUGCCACAAGCACCAAGGAAGUCAUAGGAGAGAUACAUGACGAGAGCCACCAGAAGGACGCCAAUAACGAAGCGCUCGGACUGGAGAUGGAGGAGGCCCUGGCUUCCAUUAGAGAGAACUCGGAGGAAUUGGAUAACCAGUCUGCAGACCCUCCUUCAGAGGCAGUGGUGCAGGCAUUUAAAACUAUUUACGAACGGGAGAAGAGAUUAAGGCUCUUAGGCCACGAGUCUGUCCUGUUGACAUCGUUAGAGACGAACUCCAGUUCUCAACAUAACAGGCGGAUGUCGGGUUAUGAUGAGGUUGGUUUCCAGAAAUUUCUCUCCAAAGUGACAAACAGCAAAAAGUUCACCUCAUUUCUGAGAGGUGAUCUAGCGCCUGAGUCUGACGCCCAGUUCUUCAGGAAUCUGAACCGCGUCCUGUACUCCCAGGACAUUCCCGUGACGGCACAGAGGGAGAUCACAAUGUAUUACCACAGGAAGACUUUAAAGCAGGCGCUGUGUGAGGUACCCAAACACAUGCGGCUGAGCAACGUUCUUAAGUACUACACCAAGGGAGCUAACCUGAUGGGCCUGCACUCCAAACAACUGCUCCGAUUCCUCCUGGAGUACGUGCAAGGGAACAAUGACAGCCCAUACUCCAUUAAGCCGUCCCUGAGGGAGAACUACCGGCCGCGCACCAGGUCCCUCAGCUCUCCCAAGAUGCAUCACGCCAUGUUCACCAAGACCACAAAGACCCUGGAGAUGCAACGCUACAUUAGACAGGUGCCCGGCAAACAAGAAAGGGUGGAGACUUUGGCGUUGGUUACGCCAGUGAAAGUUAAGGUCCUGCUCAACGUGCACAACAGAGAAAAGCUGACCUACAAUGACAUCGACCAUAUUAGGACAGAGGCGCGUGCGGGGCUGAGCGUGUGCCUGCGCACCCUGAUGGCCUCCAAGCGUUGGGAGGCGCUGCACUCGUGGGCGUUGCUGCUGAGUCGCUACCCAGACGUCCUGCGCUUCCCCACCUUCCCCGAGACCUGCGGCACCUACAGCUGGACCUGGAGCGGCCGCCACGAUACGCUGGACAUGUGGCAGCUGGUGGAGGAGGUGGUGGAAGAGGAGGAGGAGGAGGAGGAGGAGGAGGAGGAGAAAGAGGAGGAGGAGGAUGCUGGAGGUCUGGGAACUAGUGCAGGAGGUGAUGGAGGAGGUGGAGGAGGAAGGGGGUAAUGGCUCUGCGUCCCCGCCCUCCCCUUGCACCACGGGACAGAGGAGCAGACUGCCGUGACAUGCUGGACACGUGGGAACUAGUGGAGGACGUGGUGGAGGAGGCCCCCAAUGGAACUGCGCCUCCACCCUCACCUGCAUCUCACUAACGCCAUGCGCAGGUCCCCUUGAGACAGUAGAGAAGACCCAACUGCAUGCACCACACCAAUAUGACAUAUGACAAGGUCUCUAUCAUAUGAUGCAGAUAUAUACAGAUAUGGUGGAACGAGGUAGGAAGUGCCAUCCCCUUCGCCUGCACCCGGUUUAAUGCACAGGCUAGAUUUGGCUGCAGCCUAGGGCCCUGCACCUGCCAGGGGCCCCCAUCACUGACUAGAUAUGGCUGCAACCUAGGGCCCCCCACCACAUGCUAAAUAUGGCGGCAGGCUAGGGCCCCCUCCAAAGACUAGACAUGGCUGCAGCCUAGGCCCCCCACCACAGACUAGACAUGGCUGCAGCCUAGGGGGGGCACCACAGGCUAGAUUUGGCUGCAGCCUAGGGGCCCACACCACAGGCUAGAUAUGGCUGCAGCCUAGGGCCCUGCACCUGCCAGGGGCCCCCAUCACAGGCUAGAUAUGGCUGCAGCCUAGGGCCCCCCACCACAGGCUAGAUAUGGCUGCGGCCUAGGGGCCCCACCACAGGUUUGGCUGCAGCCUAGGGGGCCCCCACCACAGGCUAGGGGCCCCCACCACAGGCUACAUAUGGCUGCAGCCUAGGGGCCCCCACCUGCCAGUUGCCCCCCUCAGGCUAGAUAUGGCUGCGGCCUAGGGGCCCCACCACAGGCUAGAUAGGGGCCCCCACCACAUACUACAUAUGGCUGCAGCCUAGGGGCCCCCACCUGCCAGGGGGCCCCCACAGGCUAGAUUUGGCUGCAGCCUAGGGGCCCCCACCACAGGCUAGAUAUGGCUGCAGCCCAGGGUCCCCCACCAUGGCUGUAGCAUAGGGGCCCCCAACACAGGCUAGAUAUGACUGCAGCCUAGGGGGCCCCACCACAUGCUAGAUAUGGCUGCGGCCUAGGGCCCCCCAUCACAGGCUAGAUAUGGCUGCAGCCUAGGGGCCCCAACAUAGGCUAGAUAUGACUGUAGCCUAGGGGCUCCCACCACACACUAGAUAUGACUGCAGCCUAGGGGGUCCUAACUCCCAAGCCAUUUUAAUCCGGCCCUGCCUGAACCCUACUCGCCAUGGGCGGACCAGACACCUGAAAUUAUGCACAACAGUUGACUCCCACAAAAAAGGGGAGGCGCCGCACCCUCCACACCCACUCCUGCCUGAUUCCCACUCCGCUAUGCACAAGUCAAGUCAUCGACAGGCCAUAUGACAACAUGCAGCUCUGUGGAAAGUAUGACAAACAGAAACCGUGUCUGUGACACCACUGCAUACUUACAGUAGAGGAGGCUACAACACCCCCCACCCUUCCUGGAGCCCCACUCGGCAAUAUCCAAGUCAUCACCACAAGCUGUCUAAGGGCAGACUGAAACAAACAAAGAAUGAAUUCAUUAAAAAAAGAAAACUAUUACGAAA